UUGCGCAAUGAGAAAGUUCACAAAAUACUCGUAAACGAAAGUACUGUAGUCUUCAAAGCACUUUUCUUCUGUCAGUCGCGAUUUUUUUAGCGUCCUUUCACCAUGAAAACCUUGACAAAAGCAGUUUGUUGGAGUGCGAUAACUCUCUGCGUAUGUUUUAUCGCGAUCGGUGCCGAAACGACCACAGCAAAGCCCAAAACAACUUCAAGUCCGACACCAACUCGACCGAACACCACGACGACUUCCCCGACACCCACUCCAAAGCUUAGCUGCGAGGAACGAAAUUCUUCUUGUGGAUCGUGCACAGAUGAUUACGAAUGCUACUGGUGUGAGCCGGACUCGACUUGUAAGCCGUACAAAGUCAGUAUCUCUCAACUGACCCCGAAAGGGUGCAAAGGAAACAAGUGGUAUUGGAAACAAUGUGCCGUUCCAGGCUAUGUGUUGAUCAUUGUUGUGCCGUCACUUGUGGGUGUCAUCCUCAUCAGCCUUGGAUGUUGCAUAUACUGCUGUUGCUGCCGCAGCCGGGGAAGGAAAGGAUAUGAACGGGAGGAAGACAGAAUCAGACAAAGGAGGGAGGAAAACCGUCAGCGCAGCCAGGAGAGGCGAGCAGAACGCAAGCAGCGUACCGAUGCCAUCAGGCAGAAGUAUGGUCUUCUCACUAAUACGGAUGAUGAAAAUGAAAUUGUCUAAAGCUUGAAUCACAGGUUCACAGGAAAUGUUCUCUAAUAUUCUUCCUUGCUUUGGGAAUCAUCAAUACCAUACAUCAUUUAUAGUAGCAUUUGUACCUUGAACUUGACAAAUUUUUUCUUGAAAAUUUAAUCCGACUAUCAUAGAUUUAGAGAACAGUAGGUUUGGUUUAGUAUUCUACCAUUGUAAGGAAAGGAUAAUGAACAGAUGGCGACGAGUACACAGGAUCUUAGAUGCCAAAAGGUAGAUCGUUUCUUAUGAUCCCCCCCCCCCCCCCUAGCAAAUCUCUAUCCAUAUGACACCCAUGACUGUGUACCAUCCCCCUCCCCCUAGCAAAUCUGGGUACAUGCCAAGGGAGAUAAUGAGUGGUUCUCAUAAAGCUGUGAAACACACUUUAGCUUAUUUGGCACUAAUACACUCUCAUGUAUUUGAUCUCUCUUGUGCUGGCUUUAUUACACUUUCAAUAUUUCCAUUUGUUUCACAGGUUUAUGAAAACCAGUUUAAAUUCACUCAUUGAUUGAGUGUUAUUUCCAUUUUUCAAUUUAUUUAAGGUGUAGCAAAUACAACAAGGUGUAUCAAGUGUAGCAAAUAGGUAUCUAACCUAGGAUUUUUUCACAUUUUUUCAUAAAUUUUCUAAUUUUUCACAUGAAAAGUACAUUCUAGUAAUAGCUUUUUUGUAAAUAUUAUUUCUAUAGCAUUGAGAUCCCAUCACCACAAAAAUCUUGUAAAUACUAAAUCGUUUGAUAAAAAUAAGGGAAUAUAUAUUACCAAUAUAGUAUGUAUGCCAGCACGAAGCAAACAGCUAAGCUGCAAUACGCAUAUAUGAGCAGCAAUAAUUCAAAUGCACUCGUAGGCAAACCUGUCUUGUUUACACUGUAAUGGAGGACCAUGAGGGAGGUGUCCUUCCUGUUUUAAAGGAAAUGUGUAGGAGUCCAAAUUCACAAAUUUCCCCCAGACCUAUGUUUCAUAUUUUGAUGCUCAUUUUUAAAGGUGGCACCCGCCACCCUCAUCUUGAUAAAUUCUUGAGUUGAGUUAAAGAAAUUUGAGUUGAAGAAAUGUAGGUGCAUUGAGUUGAAGAAAUUUUGGUGCAAUGUAUGUCAGUCUGUGAGUGGUGUAUGUACCACCAAAAAGAUGCAGUAAAACAAUUAGAUUGUAAGAAUAAUCUAUUUGAAAGGGAUUGUUUUUUUUUAUAUUUUUGACUUGAUUAAAUGACAGUAAAAACUC